AUGCGCCGUCGCAGCCGCAUGUCGCAGCUGUUCCACGUUGGACGUUGCUGCACGACUGUGGUUGGGGGCGGCACAGUGGAGGUUCCGCGUGCAUCGAAGCCGGAGCCAUCCGUGGAAGUUACGCCACCGAUAGCAGCAGCGGCACCAGCAACAACAUCGAAGACGGCGGCGUCUUCCGCCUUGUGGCGACACGGUGCGGACGUGGAUGGUGCCACUCUUGGCAAGCCGCACGUCGCAGCCACUACACCUGAGCAGGUGGAGGAAGUGUUUCGCUCUUCUGUCCUUGCUCGAACCGCGAGCAAUGCGCAGCUGCGCCAGUAUGUGCAGCGGCUGGAACCAAAGGACCACGCCCUUGCGCUCGCUGCUGUGCGUGGGGCGCGGGCCGGUGGGCUUCGGGUGGACAACAGAACAAACGAGGUGCUGCUCACGAAGCUGAUGGAUGGCGGGCAGCUGCGAGCCAGCAUGGACCUCUACCAGCGUAUGAUCCAGAGCCGUGUGACUCCAACCGCGAACACGUACGCGACUUUGAUGCAAAUGUGCCUUGAGCGCGAGAUNCCGGAGUCAUGUGAAAGACUCUUCGACGAGAUGGUAAAACGGGGACAAUCGCCCAAUAUGCAGAACUAUGAGCAAUACAUCACGGCGCUUGCGAUGGAGAACCCGCCUAAGUGGGAAAAAGCUAUAGAGGUGUUCGACCGCAUAUCCAGGGAACGCCGCGGUAAGCACCUCAGAGCCACAACGUACAACUCGCUGAUGCGGGUAUACCUGAACAUGAGGCCGUUUGACUGGCGUGUUGUUUACAACUGCUACUACGAGAUGCGCUCGCGCAAGCCGCCCAUUCAGCUGCAGUGGGAAAGCUAUAAGCUGGUGGCAGAGGCUAUGCGGCGUGGAAAGGCUGGCUACAUUCGUCGCUUCCUGACAUACUUGGAUGCGUGGUUCUGUGUGACUCACUUCCGCUCGUGGGAGUUCCUUGUGGGUGUCAUGGUGUACAUGGGUGUGAUGUUCGUGCUGAAGUCCCUCAUUAGCUGGGUGGUGGUGCUGUAUUACAAGCGCACCGUGGCGGCGAGCAAAGGCGCCGCGUCGGCUAUUUUGCCGUGA